GUCAAAUAUGGCCCCUUCCUUCUGGGUGUGAAAGAGGCGACAGCAGCUGACAAAGAGAACAAAUCUGUCUAAAAAGGGACUGCACCCAUUCACAUCUCAGCUCACCUCCGUCCAGAUAACGCUGCACUUAUGUGACUCCCUCAGCAAGUGAAGAGUGCCUGCUAAAUGAUGAUGUGUGCGAGAGAGAGGAACUGACAGACGAAGGCCUUCAUUGUUGCAGACCAUCUGUUCAGAUCAACCCCACUCCUCCCACCAUCCCUCCCUUCCUCGCCCUCCCUGUGAGCCUCCACCCUGCAGCCAUGCAGAUCAACCCGGUGUUCGUGGAGUCCGCUGUAGUUUUGGCUGUGGUGCUGUGUGUCCACAUGGCGGUCUGGAACCAGCACUCCUGGUGCAGCAUAGCCCUUUUCAUCCAGUCGUUCUACGUGCAGCACAAAUGGGACCGUCUGCUCAGGUCGGGGGGCGCCGUGUUCCAGUUUCGUCCUGCGGCAAACAGCGGCAUCGUCCCGGCCUCCAUGGUGAUGCCCUUACUGGGUUUGGCUCUGAGGGAAAAGUGCCUCGCCUCAGGGAAUGUCUUCUUCGAGCGCUUCUCCAUGGUGGUCACCAUCACGGGCAUGAUGCUGGCUCUGUUUCUCUCCCUGAUUGCACUGGGCAUCACCAGACCUGUACCCACAAACACCUGUGUGAUCGCAGGCAUGGCCGCCAGUGCAAUUCUCUACACGACGAAGCAGACGCUGACGGUGUCUGAGGUCAUCGAGGUGUUAGAGGUUCUGUUGAUCUUCGUCUAUCUCAGCCUGAUUGUGCUUUACUUGCUGCCACGAUGCUUCACACCUGGAGAGGCGCUCCUCAUCGUCGGUGGAAUCAGUUUCAUCGUCAACCAGCUCAUCAAGCGCUCCCUGAACCUGGCAGAGGUCAAAGGUGAUCCGGUGAACUAUUUCCUGCCGGUCAUAGUGGUGGGCUCGCUGUUACUGGGCGUUUUCUUUGCCCUCCUCUUCUGCUUCAUGGAGUCCGAGACUUGGGUGUCAUCACUCUUCUUUCACAUGAUGACAGCCGUUCUGGGUCUGGGAAUCCUCAUGCCGUGGCUGUCUCUGUUCAUCGGCCGGCACCCUUUCAUGUGGCUUUUGGACUUUGUCAUGUUAAAUGACAGAAGACUGUGUCUGCUGGGGUACUGGGUGUUUCUGGUGGUUGUGGCCCUCUGUGUUGUGUUACACCAGAACUACCAGCGCCAGUCGGGAUCCAAGAAGCACCAGGCCUCGACUAUUGUCAGGAAGUACUUCCAUCUGAUUGUAGUGGCCACGUACGUUCCGGGGCUGAUAUACGACAGACAGCUGCUCCAUGUGGCGUCUGUGGGUUGCUUGGCGGUUUUCUUGUUCCUGGAAUAUGUUCGUUACUUUCGGAUCCGGCCCGUAGGUCAGCUGCUCAGGCAGUUGCUCACCCUGUUUCUGGAUGAGCGGGACUGUGGGCCUCUCAUCCUGACACAUGUCUACCUGCUGGUGGGCAUGUCUCUGCCAAUUUGGCUGUUUCCUGGGCCCUGCGCCCCUAAAGGGAUUCUUCCUGGUGCGGGCGGCCUGGUGCCUUAUGCUGGUGUGUUGGCAGUGGGGGUCGGCGACACUGUGGCAUCCGUGUUUGGCAGCACUAUGGGGGAGAUCCGUUGGCCCGGCACUAAGAAAACAAUGGAGGGAACUGCAACCUCUGUGUUCGCCCAGAUCAUCGCUGUGGCCAUGUUUCUCAUCUUCGAUGGGAACAUCAACCUGAACUCCACCUAUUCAUGGAUUGUUGGCUCCAUCACUCUGGUGGCCAUGCUGGAGGCCUACACCUCCCAAAUAGACAACCUCCUACUCCCACUCUACCUCUUCAUCCUGCUGUUGCUUUGACCGGACAAAUGGCACAAACAAACACAAGGGUCUUGCAGAUCCCCCUCACCCCUCUCUAAGGGGAAGGAAGAAUGGCAAAAUCUGAAUAAAUAUGAUAGUAGAAGUCAUAGAUGUCCCUUUUUAGUAAUCACUGGAAAGGAGAGCUGUUUUACUAGCACAAGAAAGUAAUCAAGCCAGGUAAUUGUUAUCACAACAAAUACCUAUGUGGCACUAAAAAAAUCUGCUCCUUUCUUUAUUUGGCAGCAGACUUGAUGUUUGCAUGACACUAGAGUCUGACGUUUUCAGAUCACAAGUCGUUUCAGUAUCAGUUGCUUUGAGAAAUGAGUGUUACAAUACUAAGAAAUACCAGAAAGUGUUGCUAAAUAGUCUUUAAAAUUUAGUGACAGCGGUGUACGUUUCUUAGCGUGUCACCGACCUGACCCCAAGGGUACUCAACCAACAAUUCCUGAAUUAUGCAACAGGAGAUUAAGUUAAUCAAAGUGGUAAAAUGUUCUGUAAUCAUGUAGAAUUCUGGACUCGUAGAGGGUACGGAUGCUGCUAAACGGCACAUUUUGAUCAUCGUUGAAGAGGUUUUCUUAUCUUGUACCUUGUUUCCUUCCCUGCAAAUGGACACAUGCCUUUGUAUUGCCUUUGAAGAACAUUAUUUAAAGUUAGCUUAUUGAUGAUAAUAAUGUCUUUUUCUCUAAUCAACAUGUUUUAUUAGAUUAUUUUGCCUCCCCAAUGGCAAUAUAUAAAGACUUACUGCUGAAAAUAUUUGCCUUAAGAAGUAUAUUUUCUAUCACGUGUAACCUAGUAUUGUAGACGCUGUAGAUGAAAGCAUGGCAGACGUCAAGAACACCUCUCAACUCUUCUUUAUAAGGGCUGGUUUAUACUUCGAUAUGGCAGAAACUCACUAUGCUCCUGCAUGACACUAAUGUGAAAUCCCAGUACUGUAACAUGUACACAGGUUAUCCAAACUGUAUAUUUUUGUUUGGUAAAUUAAUUUUGUUAUUUCUGUGGUUUGAUGGGACCCCUUACAGGUAAACUUAAUAUAUAUACAUUUCCUUGUGAUACUGAGCCUUCAAACCCUGGUCUGUAUAGUCUGUAGAAAAGCUUCGGGCCCAAAUGAUGAACAUAAGCCCUCCCUUUUAAGCAACUUUUUUUUUUUUCUUCCUACAAUUUAUCCAAAUUAUUAUUUAAUGUUUGCUUAAUGUCCUCACAUGUCAUCAAGGUUUCAUCUCACUGUUCUGAGAUGGAGGAUACUACUAGUUUAUAACCUGAAACAUGUUUUCAGCAUGAACAGUUUUUGGUUUAUGUUCAUCUGUGUAUCUUUGGUGGGGUUUUUUUAUGUUGUGAUGACCAUUUAUUUGCAUGAUCCUGCUGGUAUGUUGUUUUUGCAAUCAUCUUUACAUUUUUGAAAAUGUAAUAUUGCAUGUUGAGUGCAUCAGAGAUUAAAUUGAUACACCUCCAAUCAAUUAGUCCAUUUGUUUAAUACUCAUUGGAAAACUGAGGAUAGGGAGCUGUGUGAGUAACGCACUUUGAUUUGAAUAAAACAACGUAAACAUUAAUCAUUUGCUUUCUUAAUUUGAUUUGAUUUUAAGAUUAACCUAAACAGUUUGGAUGUUAUGUUGUGAUUUAUAAACACUUACAUAAGGUUUAGUUUUUUAGUUUUUAAAAAAUUUGAAUUGCAUCUUAAAAGAAUCAUACUUGAAAGUAGAAAUGCUUACUGUUGUCUGUUUAAAAGA